AUGGACGAGUAUGUGACCCCCUCAUUGGCGGCCAAGGCGGCCUCCGCGCAGCAAAUCCAGCUCUACACCAAUUUUGUGAUAUCUGCGUAUCCAUGCUACUUCAAAGCCGCCAUGAACCGUUUGCCGGUCAAUUGGGUCGAGCACAUCAGCUCACAGUGUGGCGGCCGCGCAGACUCCCCGUUUGAUUGGGCCGUCCGCAGCAUGACUACCAUGUACACUGGCAGUCUUCAUAAUGACCCGCGAUAUCUAGACGCGAGUCGCGGCCUCUAUCUUCGCGCUCUUCGGGGCCUGUCCGGUUUACUCAGCCAUAUGUCUACGGCCAAACUGGACGAGACAAUGGCCACGGCUGUCGUCCUUGCGGUUUAUGAGAUGCACUCCUGCACCACUACGGAAGGUUGGAUACAUCAUACAUGUGGCAUUCAGGCAUUGACACGGCUGCGCGGAGCUGGCGCACACGUUGAUGGAUUGGGUCGCGCCAUGUUCAUCGCCUCCCGCAACACAUUUGUGACCUCAGCGCUAGUCACAGGGGAAGCAUGCUUCCUCGAAGAGCCCGAGUGGCAGGCACUCAAUGAGCAAAUUGCAGCAGAGAACGCCAAGAAGCCCGAUUCAUCCGUUUACACUGACAUUACAGAACGCGCCUUUCGCGCGAUCGUCAAGCUCCCAGGUUAUGUCAAGCGCGUGCGCGACCUGCAGCGGACUGCGCCCAAUGCGGAAAAAAAGAAGCGGUCUAUGCUGCUGUAUGAGGUGCUCGCCGUGCGCGCUGCCUUACGGGGCAUCCACACCGAAUUUAGUGUGUCCGUCUCGACUCGCCGGGCCGACCACGCGCAGCAGACAGGCUUCAUCGGUCCAAUUCCCCACCAUUUCUUCGACAGGUUCGCAAGCCUAUCCAUCAAGGGAAUUCGAUCUGGGAUCAUGUUGCUAAACUACCUAAUCAUUCUCUUGGACCCGCGCCAGCGGUCCGCCGCGGAAAUGGAGAACCAUCUUAUCGCCGAUCAAGUGCAGACUGAUGAGUAUUCUUGUUCAGCGGCAUCUCUGUUAACGCCUCUUUGGCCGUCUGGUGGACCGCGCUUGAUGAUCAAGUCGAUUAUCGGCCCGGAAACACGGGAGCCACCUACCUCCGACUGGAUGGAUCGCAUGGCCACCACGAUGGGUAUGGAAGGAGUCCGAGUGAACUUGGUCGACGAUGGAUAG